AUGUUCUUGGAACCAAGCAGAACUCUACAAUUGCUUAGGAGGCUAAGGGCUUUCUGGUCACUGGGUAUGUCUGUGACGCCUCGUCUAAAACCGGAAGUGGCUUCUUCUUUCAAUGGCAAGCUCAACUUACUUGUAAAUGAUGUUGAGACAAAUAUCAGGAACCCAACUGCUGAGUGCACUCUAAUGAAUAUUCUUCACUCAUGGCUACUAACAUAG